AUGGCGACGAGGGCGAUCUUUGCCCUGAGCCUCCCGGCGGUCGCGUCCGCGCUCAGCGUGCACGACGCUGGCCGCUCGGAGGCAAACACGACCAAGACGCGGGCAGGCAACUGCGACUGCAUGUCGUGGGCCGACGUCUACUACACCGACAAGGCCUGGUGUGGCCGCGCGAACGAGCUGUACUUUCUGAGCAAGAACGGGUUCUCCGCAUCGUACGCAGCCACCGAGCCCAUCACUGGUUUGCCGCACAAGGUGUGCGCCGACUUCUUCAAGAACUUUGCCGACGCGUCUUGCCUGAACAUAGACUUGUACCCCUUCCCUGAGGACGAGAAGAGUGGGAAGCAGUGGUGCUACGUCUCGAACGACUGCGCCGACCUUAACGGGGGCGGGUAUGCCACGAACGCAGAAGGCUUCGCGCAGAGCAGUUGGCACAACUUGCAAACUGCGUCCUUCCAACAGUGGAAGAUUUGCGACCCUGCCGAGGCGAACACCGAGGCGAUGAUGGCCCAGCCCGUCCCCACGGUGGUCGCGAAGGGGCAGGCCAGCGACGUCCCCCUGUCCCGCUUGCUGCGGCUGGCGUACCCCGCCGUGAACAUCAGCUGGGGCCAGGCAAAGUUCCUGUGGGACGCCAUCAACGAGGAGUACGACGUCACCUGCCUCGUCGGCUGCGCAGAGCCCGAGGGCCGCGACGCCGUCGACCUGGACACGAUGUGA